UUCAAAUGUGACGGCGAAAGAUGGCGGGGGAUUCUUCAAUGGAGCUUCUCUUUUUAGAUACGUUCAAACAUCAGAAUGCAGAGCUUACUAAUGUGGAUGUUGUACGAUUUCCAUAUGGUGUAUUGAUCACAGAAGUCAGAGUCAUCCCCCCUGGUAUUAAAGCUCACAGUAGCCUCCCAGACAGCAGAGCUUUUGGAGAAACAGCUCCUCAUGCAUUCCAGUUGGACCUGUUCUUCAACAAUGUCUCCAAGCCUACCGCCCCAGUGUUCGACCGGCUGGGCAGUCUGGAGUACGAUGAAAACAAAUCUAUUGUCUUCAGGCCCAGUGGCAAGGUUAACACGGACGGCCUGGUGUUGCGAGGUUGGUACACGUGUCUUACGCUGGCUGUGUACGGCUCCGCUGAGCGCUCACACAACCGCGAGCGAGAUUCCCCGCCCCCGCCCCCGCCCCCUCCAACUCAGCAGCACCCCACGGCUUCCAAGAGGACCGUCAAACACGAGUGGGAGAACGAGGAGCAGUUUAAUGGUAGCCCACCCAGACCACAACCCAGAGGGCCUCGUACCCCACCCGGCCCUCCACCUCCAGACGAUGAUGACGAUGACACGCUACCUGUGCCAGGCCCCGUGAAGGAGGAGACGGUGGAGCGUGGUGAGGACUACCUGGAACCCGUCUCCCCCGAACGCGGCUCCCUGCCGGCCGAGGACCCGUACUCGGAACCGGAGCCCGAGGAAGAAGACGAGGGGCCAGGUGACGAAGACGAGGAUGAAGGGCGGUCUGAAGGGAGCGAGGCAGAGGAGGAGGAAGAGGAGGAGGAGGAGGAAGAUGGUGAGGAGGAGAUGGAGGAUGAUGGAGAAGGGGACGAUGGCUAUGAGCAGAUCUCCAGCGACGAGGAGGAUCUCGAAAGCGGGGCGUUCAAGCUGCCGGCCUUUGACCUAGACUACACACCCGAGGACCUCGCCUCGCUGCCAACCGUCCAGUACGACCCCUAUGAACGGGAGCUCCGCCCCCUCCAGCACUUCACCCCACCCCAUAUCACGUGCUACGAGGCCGAGCUGAACCGCCUAAAGGCGACGGAUCCCCAGGACCAGACCUCCCCGUGGGCGGAGUCCUCAGCCAGGCUGUCGGAGCUGCUGGAGACCUGGGGGGAGGGGCCGGAGGCGGAGCGCGGGGCAGGCUGGGUGACGGCCUUGGAGGAAAUCCCCGCCCUCCUUGCGAAAGGGCUGAGCUUCCUGUCGGUCCGAGAGCCCGAGGCACAGAAGGCGCAGCUGAAGCUGCUGGUGGAGUGGGUGUCGGAGGCUCUGAACCUGGACUCCGCCCUCGCCCAGCCCAUCGCCCUCAACCUGCGGCAGCUGAAGGCGGGCGCCAAGCUGGCCUCGUCCCUGGCCGGCUGCGGGGGCCCUGCGCUGCAGGCGCUGCUGGAGUGCCGCGCCGCGGCGCGCCUGGUGGAGCUGCUCUUCGCGGAGCACGUGUCGUCCGCGCUGAAGCUCAACGCGCUGCGCUGCCUCGACAGCAUUGCCAGCGAGCCGGCGGGCAUAGAGGCGCUGCUGAGGGACGGUCUCCGUGCCGACGAGGCCGCCAGCGGCUACCAGCGCCUGGUCGAACUGUUCCUGCUAGACCAGACGGUCCGCGUGGCCACCGCCGGCGCUGCUGUCUUGCAGAAGGGCCAUUUCUACGAGGUGCUGAUGGACUUGCAGAGGAUGGCCUGCUCGUGGGCGGAGCGGCAGCCCGCGGAGGGCGAGGCGGGCGAGAGGGAGAGGGAGGGGGCAGAGAGGGAGAGUGAGAGCGCAGAGCGAGACGCCGAGGUAGGCGAAGGCGGCGAGGGGGAGACCCUGGAGGCAGAGCCCGGGAGCCCCAUGGACAUGGCCGCCCUCCUGGAGUCGUCCUCCCUGUCCGAGGCUGACCUGGAGAGGCUGCAGGGACUGCUGGAGGAGCUGCUCCACCUGCUGGAGACAGCACCUCACUGCAUGGUGCAGCCCCCAGGCAAGGCUUUCCCCACUACAGCACGCAUCACUGGCCCCCCCGAGCGAGACGACCCCUAUCCGACACUGUACCGAUACAUGCACGCCGCUCACUUUUUGGAAUCAUUAGCGGUGGUCCUGACCUCCCCAGCCACCUGCGCCCACGUCGGGGUCGUGCAAGCGGUGCGGGAGCUGAUGCGCUUCCUGUCCCAGACCCAGCAGGGCCUCCUGUUCCUUCUCAGCCAGCACGAGUCCACCAACGUCCUGCUGCGUCUGCUCACGCCCCUGUCCCAGCUGCCGGCCCUGCUGGAGGGCGACGGGGAUGAGGGCGGGGCUGCCGCCGACGGCUCCCUGGACGACGGCUUCUGGGUGUGGCUGAUGCAUGCCCUUCACGCCCUGCAGGCCGUGGCUGACCUCAACGGGCUGGAGGUCGCCGAGGGCGACAGUCCGGACGUCCUGACGACGCUGCACUGCCUCUACCUGAUCAGCUUUAGCAGCACGGGCCGCAGUGCGGUCACGCACGUGCUCAGCCUGGAGACGAACCUCAGCUGCCUCGUGAACCUGCUGGAGCACCAUGCCAGAGAGGGGCAGGGAGAAGGAAAAGCUCGGAAGUCGGUGGCCUACAACUACGCCUGCAUGUUGGUCCUGCUGGUGCUGCAGACCUCGGCUGACCUGCGGAUGAUGGAGCGCUACGCCACUCCGCUGCUCGCCAUCUGCAAAGCUGACGAGAACAACGCAAAGCUCCAAGAGCUCAGUAAGUGGCUGGAGCCCCUCGAGAAGCUGCGCUUUGACAUAAGUGGCAUUCCGGCGCUCACUGACUACAUCAAGCAGAACCUGGAGAACCUACUGACGUCCGAGGGAGUGGGCCUCAUCACGGCUCUUAGGGUGCUGUGUCACAUUGCCUGUCCACCAGCUCCUGUGCCAGGUCAGCAGAAGGACCUGAAGUGGAACCAGGCCGUGAUCGCCCUGUUCAGCGCAGAGGGCAUGGACACCUUCGUGAAGGUCCUGCAGAAGUUGGUGGCAGUGUUGCUGUUGCCGUGGCGACUGCACGGGCCCCUGGGCCCCACGGCACAGCGGCUGACUGCCCUGUCGGCGGCGUCGUGCGCGCUCCGGCUCCUGCGCACCAUGCUAUCGGAGCUGCUGGGGGGUGGGGCCUGUGAGGCCCGGGACGUGCGCGUGCCCGCCGCCUGUGUGGCCCUGCACAUGAUCGCCUGCUCGGCGCCCCCCGCAGGCCGCCUGGACGCCGAGGAGCUGCGUGUGCAGGCCGACGUGGCCGACGUGCUCCUGACCUUCACGCAGGCAGUCAGCGAGCAGGAGACGGGCUCCGAGGAGACCGUGGCUGGCAACAGCUGGUCCCUCAUGUUGAAGGAAGUGCUCAGCUCCAUCCUGUCUGCUCCAGAGAACAUAUACAGCAGUCUGAACCUGCUGUCUGAGCUGCUGCCUCUGCCCCUGCCUAUACAGACCACACAGGCGCUGUCGGCAGCGGACGUGAGCGUGGCGAUGAACACGCGGAAGCUGUGGAGCGUGCACCUGCUGGCCCAGGCACGCACCCUACAGGAGGUGCUGCGUUGUGUGUGUGUGAGCAGCUGCCCGCCUCUGCUGUCCAUGUUCCGCCGUGUGUGUGUGCAGCUCAGCGACCUGGCUGCACCCACUGCCCUGCUCGUCAUGAGGACCCUGCUGGAACAGCUGCACGAGGAGGCGCAGCAGGAGGGAUCCAGUUCACAGCUGACCAGACUCUUAGCCCUGCUGGACACACUCGUGUCUCAGCGCUCCUGCAAGGCAGCCACCUUGGCUCUCCUGGGUGGGUCUGUACGCACCGAGGGGCGGGGCGAUGGGCGGGGCGAAGAUAAGCUGACAGAAGUGCUCCCCUGCCUGCUCGCAAUGCUGCUCCCACCAGCGGACGCCAGCCUAACGGUGCAGCAGAAUGCCGAGCUGGUAGCCUCCAUCAUCCAGUCGCUGUGCGACCAAGACAUUUCGCUGAUAGUGAGCGGCUCGGGCGAAGUGUGUGUGUCGGAGGCGGAGCAGCUGGCCAACGCCUUGCCCUCCAGGGACAUGAUGCCUGGGAUAUGUGACAGCAUGUCGGAGGUGCUCGGACACACACAUGGCACCUACCCCCUCCAAGUCACCUGCCUCAGAACAAUGAUGUUCCUGACCGAACACGACUACGGCCUCCAUCACCUGAAGAGCUCGCUGAAGAAGCACAACUGUGCAGUGGUGUCACUGCUUCGAAGGGAAACGGCGACUUUUACUAAAGAGUCAUCUGAGCUGCUCUCAGCACUGCUGGACUUCCUACGUCAGAUCCUGAACACCGACUCCAUGGAUGAGGACAUGGACACACGCUCCGUGGCACUGAGUGUGAUUGAUAUGAAACAGCUGCUUCAGUGGCGAGACGACUCAGCAGAACACCCGCUACCAGAGCUGGAGAAACACAUCACGGAACUCUUUAAAGAGGAUGACUCCCUGGAAACUCUCAUGGAGAACGUGGUGGGACUCCGGCAGAUCCUGGAGAGUUCCGGAGAUGCUCCAGGCCACACGGAGCCCGAGAUAGAGCCCACGUUACCUGCUCCGGAACUACUCCAGAACCAGUUUAACAAUAGGACAGUGUAUGUCCUGUCUGAUAUGCUGGAUGAGCAGCUGAGGGUGUUCUGGUUGUCCCCCUUCCAGUCAGAUGAGAUGGAGACCGAACAGGACAUGGUGAAAGUGGACCUGGUGGCUCUGGCACAGCAAUGCUGUCCUGACCUGGACCUGAAGGCGGAGUUAGAACGCUCGUUCCUCAGUGAGCCCACUUCCCCUGGUCACAGUAAACCUUCCAAGGGCUUCAGACUGGGCAAACACAAACACGAGACCUUCAUCACUUCCAGCGGCAAGUCAGAGUACGUGGAGCCGGCCAAGCGCGCCCACAUCAUGGCUGUCCCGCGUGGGCGGGGCCGUGGGGCCUUUGGCCAGGUGAGCAGACCGCACGACAUCUUCCGCCAGCGCAAGCAGAACACCAGCAGGCCGCCGUCCAUGCACGUCGACGACUUCCUGGCCGCCGAGUUCAAGGAGGUCAGCCUCCCCACUGGCCUAGCCCUGCCCAAACGUCCACCCAAAGGGGGAGGAGCCAAGCCGCCUGUUAGAGGCCUGUUCACUGGAGGAACCAGAGGGAGGGGCUUCCAGAGCCACACCCGCUUCUUUACUCCACCCGCCCCCAAGAGUGUACUGCUAGCAGGCAAUUACCCUCGUCGUGAAGGUGGGCGGGGCUCCACGUGGAGCGCUCCAGUGACAGCUGUCACUCAUAGAGGAACGUACAGUGAACCUCGAGGAGGACAAAGCAACUUUACCCGACCACUGCCAUCGAGGCAACCCCCAACAGGCGCGUACCGUCUGGCUCCGCGUGACCGGGUCCCCAGGGGAAGAGGCACUGGCCUCUCCUGGCUAAGUGGAGGUGGACUUGGUGUAGGAGGAGGCGGAGUAAGUGGUAGUGGGCGUGGUCAAGGGAAAUUCAGCAGUAGCGGGAGUGGAGGCGGGCGUGGCCGGCACGUACGUUCAUUCACCCGUUAGUAACUGUCAGUUGGACAGGAAGACUCAGCCAUGUGGCUCUAAAGGACCAAUCGGGAUGUGGAUUUUGCGGUAUCCAUGGAUAUGUUCAUAAAUUGCAACAUUGAUGUUUUGUGGGUUUUUUUGUUGUUUGUAUUCUUUCAAUUUUAUGUUGAAAAAAUUAAAAUUUUGUGAAUACCA